CUGGAGUGAGAAGAACCGGCCGAAGAGCACAGAAACCGAUCUGCCACGUUUGAAACGAGGCAGGGUGUAAAGGGAGGGAGGGUCGGUGGGGUAGAUACGCGGUCCGUCCUUAGUUUAGUCACGUUUUCAUGGAGAGGAGAGGCUGUUAGCUGGGGGCAGCGCCAGACCCGGAGGAGACCAGAGGAGGUGGAGGGAUAUUAAAACCAAGACUAGCACGACAAACACGGUCCCUGCACAGGAGGAGGACGUUUCUAGACCUGCAGAGACCUAAAGAAGGCACCCCGAGGUGCUAGGAAGGCAGCACCAUGGCAGGGGCGUCUGUGAAGGUGGCGGUGCGCGUCCGCCCCUUCAAUUCAAGAGAGAUGGGAAAAGAGAGCAAAUGCAUCAUUCAGAUGUCUGGAAACACCACCACCAUCAUCAACCCCAAGCAAGCCAAAGACAACAAGAGCUUCAACUUUGAUUACUCCUACUGGUCCCACACCUCACCAGAGGAUGUCAACUACGCCUCUCAGAUGCGGGUGUACAAAGACAUUGGAGAGGAGAUGCUGCUGCAUGCCUUCGAAGGCUACAACGUCUGCAUAUUUGCAUAUGGUCAGACAGGGGCUGGAAAGUCCUACACCAUGAUGGGGAAACAGGACGUCAAGGAUCAGCAAGGAAUCAUCCCCCUGCUAUGUGAAGAUCUUUUCACAAAGAUAAAUGACAAUACAGACAACAGCAUGUCUUACUCUGUGGAGGUAAGCUACAUGGAAAUCUACUGUGAGCGUGUUCGGGACUUACUGAACCCCAAAAACAAAGGGCACCUGCGUGUUCGAGAACAUCCUCUGAUGGGGCCUUAUGUUGAGGAUCUGUCCAAGCUCGCUGUCACCUCCUACACUGACAUCCAGGACCUGAUGGACUCUGGGAACAAGGCCAGGACUGUGGCGGCCACCAACAUGAAUGAGACGAGCAGUCGCUCGCAUGCCGUCUUCAACAUCAUAUUCACACAGAAACGCCAUGAUGCUGAGACCGAUAACACCUCUGAGAAGGUCAGCAAAGUAAGUCUGGUGGAUCUUGCCGGCAGUGAAAGAGCAGACUCUACUGGAGCUAAAGGCACCAGGCUCAAGGAAGGAGCAAAUAUCAACAAAUCUUUGACAACACUGGGGAAAGUCAUCUCUGCGUUGGCAGAAGUGGACUCUGGAUCAAAUAAGAAUAAAAAGAAGAAGAAAGUGGAGAGCUUCAUCCCUUACAGAGACUCAGUUUUGACCUGGCUACUCAGAGAAAAUCUGGGGGGUAAUUCUCGUACUGCGAUGGUGGCAGCCCUCAGUCCAGCCGACAUCAACUAUGACGAGACCCUCAGCACACUCAGGUACGCAGACCGAGCCAAACAGAUUCGCUGUAACGCUGUGAUCAAUGAGGAUCCCAACAACCGAUUAGUGCGUGAGCUGAAGGAGGAGGUGUCACGUCUGAAAGAACUCCUUUAUGCCCAGGGUCUGGGUGACAUCAUUGAGACAUAUCGAGCAUCUGGUGCUGAGAUCGAGGGUUUGAAACACCUAUCCGAUUACAAGAACAAUAACAAUAAAGGCCAAGCAGUGAAUCAAAGGGAUGAUCUCUCCACAGUGACCAAUGCCAUGACGGGGAUGAGUCCCUCUCCGUCUCUCUCAGCCUUGUCCAGCCGAGCCGGAUCCAUCGCCAGUCUGCAUGACCGCAUCAUGUUCAGCCCGGGCAGCGAGGAGGCCAUUGAGAGGCUGAAGGAAACAGAGAAAAUCAUUGCAGAACUCAAUGAGACCUGGGAGGAGAAACUUCGCAGAACAGAGGCCAUUCGAAUGGAAAGAGAGGCUUUGCUGGCAGAAAUGGGUGUAGCAAUGCGAGAAGAUGGUGGGACUGUUGGUGUGUUCUCUCCUAAGAAGACACCUCAUCUGGUGAACCUGAACGAGGAUCCUCUGAUGUCUGAGUGCCUGCUAUACUACAUUAAAGAUGGGAUUACCAGGGUGGGUCGUCUAGAUGCCAGCAGUCGUCAGGACAUCGUCCUCAGUGGCCACUUCAUCAAAGAUGAGCACUGCACUUUCACUAGCUCUACAGGUCCAAUGGGAGAAACAGUUGUCCUCGAGCCCUGCGAAGGAGCCGAGACUUAUGUCAACGGAAAGAGAGUGACGGAGCCCACUGUUCUCAAAUCAGGAAACCGCAUCAUCCUUGGGAAGAGCCAUGUGUUCAGGUUCAACCACCCUGUGCAGGCAAGAGCGGAGAGGGAGAGGACUCCAUGUGCUGAAACGCCCUCUGAGCCCGUGGACUGGGCCUUCGCUCAGAGGGAGCUGCUGGAGAAACAGGGCAUCGACAUGAAACAGGAAAUGGAGCAGAGGCUACAGGAGUUGGAGGACCAGUAUCGCAAAGAGAGAGAGGAGGCCAACAACCUACUGGAGCAGCAAAGACUGGAUUAUGAGAGCAAGCUGGAAGCCCUUCAGAAGCAGGUAGACCGCUAUUACCCAGAAGCCCCUGAAGAAGAGGAAGAGCAAGAAGAGGAAGUGCAAUGGACAGAGAGAGAGAGGGAGCUGGCUGUGUGGAGUUUCCGUAAAUGGCGGUGUUAUCAGUUCACCUCUCUGCGAGAUCUUCUGUGGGGAAACGCCAUCUUCCUCAAGGAGGCCAAUGCCAUCAGUGUGGAGCUUAAGAAAAAGGUCCAGUUCCAGUUCAUCCUGCUUACAGACACUCUGUACUCGCCCCUGCCUCCAGACCUGCUGCCUCCAGAGCAUACUAAAGACAGAGAUGUGCGACACUUCCCACGCACCAUUGUGGCUGUGGAGGUGCAGGAUCAGAAAAAUGGAGCCACCCACUACUGGACAUUAGAGAAACUGAGGCAGAGGCUCGAUCUCAUGAGAGACAUGUAUGAUCGUGCUGCUGACGUGCCCAACACCAGUGAAGACUGUGAAAAUGUGAUGACCGGUGGAGACCCCUUUUAUGACCGCUUCCCCUGGUUCCGUCUGGUUGGCAGAAACCCCCUUUUCAACACAUGCAUGAGCGAGCGCAUGAGUGACCCCACCCCACCCUCAUCCCUCUCCAACUCUGAAAUUACUGAGCUGGCCGACGCGCAGCGCGAGGGUCGAGGGGAGGCGGAGGAGUUGGAGGAGUUGGAGGACCUGGACGAUGAUAUCUUUUUGGACGACCCGUGCUUGGAGCUCGGGGCAGAUGAUGAUGAGGAUGAUGUUGAUGAUGAUGAUGAUGAUGAUGAGGGAGAGCUCUGCCGAGGCUCCAGCGAAGGCCAGGAUCCCUUUUACGACCGCACACCUAUAUUCAGUGUAGUGGGAAGGGCUUUUGUUUAUCUGAGUAACCUGCUGUACCCGGUGCCUCUUGUCCACCGUGUGGCCAUCGUCAGCGAGAAAGGAGAGGUGAAGGGCUUCCUACGGGUGGCGGUGCAGGCCAUAUCAGGUGCUCUGUGUUUCCCUCCAGCUGAUGAGGAAGCUCCAGACUACGGCUCAGGAGUGAGGCAGUCCGGCACUGCCAAAAUCUCAUUUGAGGAUCAGCAGUAUGAAAAGUUCCAGUCUGAGACCUGCUCUGUAGGUCUGUCCCGUACAGGGAUCUCCCAGGAGGAGCUUCGUAUUGUUGAGGGGGAGGGGCAGAAUGCAGAAAUGGGACCCUCAGCUGAUGAGGUCAACAACAACACAUGUGCGGCCGGCGCAGACGAGCCUGAGAAUCCUCUAAAAGCCGCUCUAGAGGGUGCAUCUGAAGCAGCUCUGGAGCAUCUGAAGAUUGGGAAUAUUUUCACCUUUAGGGUGACUGUCCUGCAGGCCUCCAGCAUCUCUGCAGAAUAUGCCGACAUCUUCUGCCAGUUCAAUUUUAUCCACCGUCAUGAUGAGGCUUUCUCCACUGAGCCUCUAAAAAACACCGGCAGAGGUCCCCCUCUCGGUUUCUACCAUGUGCAGAAUAUUGCUGUAGAAGUUACUAAAUCCUUUGUUGACUACAUUAAGACUCAACCCAUCGUGUUUGAGGUGUUUGGACACUACCAGAAACAGCCGUUCCUUCCACUUUGUAAAGAUGUCAUCAGUCCACUACGUCCCUGCAGAAGACAGUUCCCCCGAGUGAUGCCUUUGUCCAAACCAGUUCCUGCCACCAAGCUGACAGCUAUGACCCGCCCGCAGGCAGGACCCUGCCAUUGUAAAUAUGAUCUCAUGGUGUUCUUUGAGAUCUGUGAGCUGGAGGCCAAUGGAGACUACAUUCCUGCAGUGGUGGACCACAGAGGAGGAAUGCCUUGUCAUGGCACGUUCCUACUGCACCAGGGCCUCCAGAGAAGAAUCACUGUCACCAUUGUACAUGAGUCAGGAGGCGACAUAGAGUGGAGGGACAUCCGUGAGCUUGUUGUGGGUAAGUUUGCCUUUAGGCUUUCAUAUCCUAAAUUUAGCACAGCAUCUGUAGUGAUAGCUCCUUGUGUACAAGCUGUUCUAAAUGUGGCAUUUCACGGCCUCUUAGGACGUCUCCGAAACACCCCAGAAGCAGAUGAGACCAUCAUUGACCCCAAUAUUCUCUCCCUCAACAUCCUGGCUGCUGGGUAUGUCAGGCCCAUGCAGGAUGACCGGACUUUCUAUCGCUUCGAGGCUGCCUGGGAUAGCUCAAUGCACAACUCCCUGCUCCUAAACCGAGUCACUCCAUAUGGAGAGAAGAUCUACAUGACACUCUCUGCCUACUUGGAGAUGGAGAACUGCACCCAGCCUGCAGUCAUAACCAAAGAUAUCUGCAUGGUGUUUUAUUCUCGAGACGCAAAGCUCUCAGCCUCCCGUUCAAUCCGCAACCUUUUUGGUACUGGAAGCCUUAGAGCAGCAGAUGGAAACCGUGUAACUGGAGUUUAUGAGGUCAGCCUAUGUAACCUGGCAGAUGCAGGAAGCCCAGGUAUGCAGAGAAGACGCAGGCGGGUGCUGGACACCUCAGUGGCCUACGUCCGUGGGGAGGAAAACCUGGCCGGGUGGAGGCCCCGCAGUGACAGCCUCAUUUUGGACCACCAGUGGGAGCUGGAGAAACUCAGCCUACUGCAAGAUGUGGAAAAGACCAAACAUUAUCUCCUGCUGAGGGAGAAACUAGAGUCAACCCUACUCAUGGGCCAGGAGGCGCUUCUGACUUGUGUUACUGAAGAGAUGAGCGAUUUUCCUCAGCCCCCUGAGGUCGACCCCGAGGCUAGCUCCUGCAAUGAAAUCACCACUGAGAGGCAGAGGGAGCUUGCAGCCAAGUGUUUACGGCUGCUUACUCACUCCUUCAAUCGAGAAUACAGUCACGUGUGUGUCAGCGCCAGUGAAAGCAAGAUAUCAGAGAUGUCCGUCACAACACUAAGAGACUCCCCUUCAGUCUCUGCUCUCAACACAAUCAUCCCCUCCACAACAUGUCCUUCACUGGUUGAUGGUUGCUACAGCAACACUGAACUCAGACCUCCAGCGCCUCGCUCUCGUGCAGUCAGCCCCACCCCUGACAAACAGCAAGACACAGAGGCAAAGAAAUCUGUCAAUGGAGCCUCUGAAGCUAAACCUCGGAUCCGCAGAUUUGUCCCAGAUAUUCAGGAGAUUAGAGUCAGUCCCAUUGUGUCAAAGAAAGGUUACAUACAUUUCUUGGAGCCUCACACAAACGGGUGGGUGAAGCGCUAUGUAGUCGUGCGGCGGCCAUACGUCUACAUCUACAACACGGAGAGAGACACUGUGGAGCGAGCCAUCCUCAACCUCUCCUCUGCACAGGUGGAGUACAGUGAGGACCAGCAGGCUAUGCUGAAGACCCCAAAUACAUUUGCUGUGUGUACAGAACAUCGUGGAAUCCUGCUUCAGGCCACAAAUGACAAAGAGAUGCAUGACUGGCUGUACGCAUUUAAUCCACUCCUUGCUGGAACGAUCAGGUCAAAGCUGUCGAGAAGACGAGCCGGACAGAUGAGGAUGUGAAACAAAGACUAACAUGUACAUAGAUCCUUGUCCUUCUCCUGUUGUGCUGAGCCCUUUCUUCCCACCACGGUCACAAACUACCAUGUCCCCCCCCUGUACAUCCUCAGUUUAUCACUAGUGUCCUCAGCACCUAAAGCGCCCAUUUCGUGUCAGGCCUUUGCUGCGAUGUGAGUCUCAUAGUCUGAAGAAACCUCUUCUGUCACUGUACUGUACCGAAGUUUAAUCUUAGCUGGACGAAGGAAGAAAAAAGGAGAAAGUAGCAACAGUUUCUUAUCUCAGAUUACAAAACGUAUGGUAAUGUACUGUAGUUGUUGUCAGUGACACAUCAAGCCUUAUGCAUUUAUUCCUCAAAAAAAAUGCAGUGUUGUUUAUUUUUACCGAAAGCUGCCAUGUCAGUGAGGAUUACACUGCUACAGUUGCAUCAGUAAAAAGACAAACAUGCUAAUUCUUCUCUUCUCUACUGCUAUAUAUACAGUGUCUAAACAGGUUUGCAUACAGCUAAAAAUACAUGCUAGUAGAUAAAAAAAAUGACAGCUGAGUGUAUAAUCCUCUUUUCUUUGUGGUUCCUGAACCCUGACAUGGAGUUAUCUGCCUCCUAAACCUCUUAGAAAAUUUUAGCACACAAAGCCUGGCAAAGGGAAUGGCAUUAUCAUCAUAGACUUCACGUUCUUGUGGCAUUUUUAUCAUUUCAUGUAGUUUUAGCUACUGUAAGAGCACCAAGGGUAUCUACAUUCACAGACAGUAAGUAAUCAAGUAUCACCACCCUUAAUCCUGUCAGUUUAAGCUCGAUCUCUACCUGAAUUUUCUUUUAAAAUGUGAUAUAUUUAGAUAUUUAACUGCUUUUAUUAUUUAUUUCUGCAUGUAUUUAUUUACAAAGACAUUUAUAUUUCUAAAAAAGAAGUAGUACCGUGCAAUUUCUGCACACUGCACUUUUUAAUGAGUUCCAUAAAUAUCUGAAUAACAGCCUAGUCCCCUUGUAGUCAAUUCUCUUUAAGCUAUGUAAUGAUUUAUGAUUGGCUACUUUAUUUGUGCUGAAGAUUACUUGAAUUAAACUAUCCCCUUAAGAGUAGGAUAGUGAUACCUAACCAUUGCCCCUGUUAACGUUCAUUAUUAGGUAGAGAAUAUUAAGGUUGUGUGCACAAAGCUACCUUGUUAAGGGAUCAAAAGUUUCUCUCAGAACUUCUCUGAAUGAUAUGUAUAUUGAUUAAUGUAGUGCCUCUUUUUUCAGUCAUACUGUACAGUAUGCCUCUGCACCAGUUGCUUUGAAACAACAUCCUUCAUGCUGCUAUGAUACUGUUCUGGAAGUGUCCACAGAUCAUAUCUCGUCACUCGCCUGCUUUUUUAUCAUCGUCAUGACCAUCACUUGCAUAUUCAGAUAAACAAGUGAGAUUCAUGUUCAUAUCCAAAAGGGAAAGUGGUUGUUUUACAUGCUACUUCCGCUUCACAUAUACAUAGAUGCUAUACAGAUCCUAUUGGGAACUAUUUCUUCACAUGAUUUAGGACUGGCAGAUGUAAAAAUGCAAUAUCUGUAUGGUCCCUCUUACUAAUGAAAGAUUCAUCAGUAACGGUGUCAAGAUUAAAGUCUUUUCAUUAAGACAAGAACUGUAUUUUUAAAGCAGUUCAUUCAGUUGGACUAUGACUCAGUCCCAAUUCAAAUUUUUACUACUACCCCUACUCUCAUUUUGAAGUGCCCCCUUGCCCCUUCAAACAGAGGUGAAAUCUUUCCCUAAAAAAUGGGACAACCCUUCAAAACCUUGAAUGAUAAGAGCAACCUAACCUCACUACUUGCUCUUCAGAGUGACCACCGACACCCCUGUUUGGGUGAAAACAAGACUGAAUGGGAAUAGAUUAGAAAACAGUAGUAGCAACAUGAUUAAAAGCUUUUCUGUUGCAUUCUUUGGGAACCACUGCAUUCAAUAUAGAUGUGGUUUUGAACUUUCUAAACUAUUUUGGCCGAGAAUUGUCAUUGGAGAAACUGGUCGGUCCUGAGGCUAGACCAGUUGAGAACUACGGCUUUAAACAAUUAAAAAGUGACAAAUUAAGACAUGUUUUUAUCCUCAAUAGAUGAUGAAUUGUAAAAGAUGAGCUCUGUGGCUUUUAGCUGAAACUAGAGGAGAGUAACCUGGUCAAAUGUGGGACUGAAUGUUGUGUUUCUACUGACAGCAAGAGCUGUAGUUUAGCCACCCAUUCACCCAGGUCAUUUGUCCCAUUUGACAUAGGUAGUCUAAACAGACUCUUAUAAACACCUGUAAAAUAGUCAACGUUUUAAUGUUAUAAUAUCACUUCUUUAACAAAUAUGGCAUAUCUUAUAUGUUUAACUCACUUGCCAUUGGACUUGAGCUUCCAACAACAAUACAACUCAGUGGUUUUCAUAUUUUAAGCUCUUAAAUUCCUAAAGAACCGUCUCUAUUUACCACCAUUGAUCUAGAAGGAAUGUUUUCACCCAGGAAGGGGUGAGGCUGGCAUUGUUUGGGCAAAUUACCCUCAUAGAUUGCUCUUAUCAAUAGUCCUCAACAGCAUUUAUGUAAACAGGCCUGAUGUUUCCAAUAUAUAUAUAUAUUUUUAAUGCUUGUUUAAUAACAUUGACAAUUGUGCUAGAUUCAGAGGGUCAGGCACCCAAGCAAUCCCCUCUACUCCUACAUUUCCACAAGAAUUAACUGGGACACCCACCCUUACCUCUUGACAUGAAUGUGCAAAACAUAAGGGUAGUGUUAAGUGGUCGGGGCAAGGGUUGACUUCAGACUGAGAAUCUGAAAUUGAUUGUUAAAAAGUAGGUGAAGAUGAAGCUUGUGAGUUGUUGUGUUAUGCUUGUGAGUUUGAUGAAUGAGUAUGCCUCAGGUCAGCCAGCCUUUAGAGGACACUCAGUGAUAAUUCACCUUCAAACAGGUGCAUGCAGCACACAACAUCCUAAAGCUUUAUUCUGUCACAGAAAAGCAAGAAGUGAAAUGUUUUAUUGUAUACUUUUUAUGUAACGGCACAGAAAACUUUAGGCAGUGUUUAAAAUUUAGCUGCGGUCAAAAUAUGUUUGCCAGUUUGUGCUCGGGUUUCUGUAGUUGUAGUUCAGCAAAUACCUGUUAGUAUGUUGAGUAACAGAUAAUCAAUAAUAUGAUUAAAGUCUAUCCCAGGCUUCCAUGGCAGCGCUGCAGUUGUGGUCGAUCCAGCUAUAGCAUAAUAACUGAAGGAAUACCUUGUUGUACUGUACAUGACUCUGUCUCUGCACUCAUUCCUGUCUCGUAUCCCAGUCUCAAUCAUCAGAUCUCUUUGUUGAGAUGAAUCCUCUUGUUUUCUUUGGGCCUUUAAAUGUGCGUCACACUUGAGCCAACCAAAGUUUUGUUGGCACAGUCACAAAAAAUGUACACUGAAUGUAACAUUGAUAUUUGAAAAUACUUGUUCUGCUGGAGUGGUUGUGUUGACUUGUCUUCUGGUUUCACAGUCUGGUUCCUUAAUGAUUGUAGGUUAGUGACUAUCAGGGAACCAAAUGGAGCUUUUAAGAUAUAUCUGUGAUAGUCUGUCGGCUAAAGUGAAGGUGGAGGAUGGUUCAUUUUGGCCCUGCUAGGCAUUGCAUCUUGCACAGUGAUGCUGUAAGUUACAUUUCUCAAACACUUCACUUUCAUUUCAAUAUCACCAUCAUGCUCUGAAAGCCUUCACGAAAAUAUACUUUUUCUAAUCCCUUUGAGGAAAUAUCAUUUACAUUUUUGUGCUUCCACAUCUAUUUUUCUUCUUUCUUUUUUUGCACUAUCAAAUUGCACCGGUACAUUUUUUUUUUCCUGGAAUAAUUUUGCAUUGUAUAUAAACAUGAUUGCUGUGAACAGUGUAUUAUAAAGUUGCACCCAUUUACAAAAUCAUGAAUGGGAAGUAGUUCAGUCGGUGUCUCUGAGUGUUGGAGUUUAGCGUCAAAUGUUUGUGUACACUAAACACAUUGUCAUAUAAGAAAUAAACAUUGAGA